ACUGGUCUAGGAACAGUGGGUUUAACUGGUCUAGGAACAGUGGGUUUAACUGGUCUAGGAACAGUGGGUUUAACUGGUCUAGGAACAGUGGGUUAACUGGUCUAGGAACAGUGGGUUAACUGGUCUAGGAACAGUGGGUUAACUGGUCUAGGAACAGUGGGUUAACUGGUCUAGGAACAGUGGGUUAACUGGUCUAGGAACAGUGGGUUUAACUGCCUGUUCAGGGGCAGAACGACAGAUUUGUACCUUGUCAGCUCGGGGAUAUGAACUUGCAACCUUUACAGUUGCUCGUCCAACACUCUAACCACUAGGCUACCUGCCGCCUCUACACUCUAACCACUAGGCUACCCUGCCGCCUCUACACUCUAACCACUAGGCUACUGUGCCGCCCCUCCACUCUAACCACUAGGCUACCCUGCCGCCCCUCCACUCUAACCACUAGGCUACCCUGCCGCCCCUCCACUCUAACCACUUGGCUACCUGCCGCCUCUACACUCUAACCACUAGGCUACCCUGCCGCCCCUCCACUCUAACCACUAGGCUACCCUGCCGCCCCUCCACUCUAACCACCAUGCUACCCUGCCGCCCCUCCACUCUAACCACUAGGCUACCCUGUCGCCCCUCCACUCUAACCACCAUGCUACCCUGCCGCCCCUCCACUCUAACCACCAUGCUACCCUGUCGCCCCUCCACUCUAACCACUAGGCUACCCUGCCGCCCCUCCACUCUAACCACUAGGCUACCGUGCCGCCUCUCCACUCUAACCACUAGGCUACCGUGCCGCCCCUCCACUCUAACCACUAGGCUACCGUGCCGCCCCUCCACUCUAACCACUAGGCUACCGUGCCGCCUCUCCACUCUAACCACUAGGCUACCGUGCCGCCCCUCCACUCUAACCACUAGGCUACCGUGCCGCCUCUCCACUCUAACCACUAGGCUACCGUGCCGCCCCUCCACUCUAACCACUAGGCUACCGUGCCGCCCCUCCACUCUAACCACUAGGCUACCCUGCCGCCCCUCCACUCUAACCACUAGGCUACCCUGCCGCCCCUCCACUCUAACCACUAGGCUACCCUGCCGCCCCUCCACUCUAACCACUAGGCUACCCUGCCACCUCUACACUCUAACCACUAGGCUACCCUGCCACCUCUACACUCUAACCACUAGGCUACCCUGCCGACUCUACACUCUAACCACUAGGCUACCCUGCCACCUCUCCACUCUAACCACUAGGCUACCCUGCCACCUCUACACUCUAACCACUAGGCUACCCUGCCGCCCCUCCACUCUAACCAAUAGGCUACCCUGCCGCCCCUCCACUCUAACCACCAUGCUACCCUGCCGCCCCUCCACUCUAACCACUAGGCUACCCUGCCGCCCCUCCACUCUAACCACUAGGCUACCCUGCCGCCCCUCCACUCUAACCAAUAGGCUACCGUGCCGCCUAGUUGCUGACGACUUAACCCUGCAGCUCUGUAAUGGGGUUGAAUGAAGCUGGACACGACGACAAGCAUGAAACUGCCUCAAAACUGCGUUUAGGUGCAGACUGUUAUUAUCAUUCUACUGAUGUUUACACUGUUUGGUUUGGACAUAUACCUCAGCUAAAUACGAAGUGGCUGUGCCAGUUGGUAGGGAUGCUGUGCCAGUUGGUUAGGGAUGCUGUGCCAGUUGGUAGGGAUGCUGUGCCAGUUGGUAGGGAUGCCGUGCCAGUUGGUAGGGAUGCUGUGCCAGUUGGUUAGGGAUGCUGUGCCAGUUGGUAGGGAUGCCGUGCCAGUUGGUAGGGUGGCUGUGCCUGUUGGUAGGGAUGCUGUGCCAGUUGGUAGGGAUGCUGUGCCAGUUGGUAGGGAUGCCGUGCCAGUUGGUAGGGUGGCUGUGCCUGUUGGUAGGGAUGCUGUGCCAGUUGGUAGGGAUGCUGUGCCAGUUGGUAGGGUGGCUGUGCCAGUUGGUAGGGAUGCCGUGCCAGUUGGUAGGGAUGCUGUGCCAGUUGGUUAGGGAUGCUGUGCCAGUUGGUAGGGAUGUUGUGCCAGUUGGUAGGGAUGCCGUGCCAGUUGGUUAGGGAUGCUGUGCCAGUUGGUUAGGGAUGCUGUGCCAGUUGGUAGGGUGGCUGUGCCAGUUGGUAGGGAUGCUGUGCCAGUUGGUAGGGAUGCCGUGCCAGUUGGUUAGGGAUGCUGUGCCAGUUGGUUAGGGAUGCCGUGCCAGUUGGUUAGGGAUGCCGUGCCAGUUGGUUAGGGAUGCUGUGCCAGUUGGUUAGGGAUGCUUUUGCACUUUUGGACCAGAUGUAGUUUUGACACAUUUUAUUAGAAGUAUUGUGUUUUGUAGUUUUACAUAAUCACUAUUAUGAAUUCAUGUUUAUGUAUUCACUGUAUGUUUUACAUUUGUCCGUUUUAAAGGAAUAGGUAACGCUUUUCUCCAGUAAAUCUAUAUAAGUUAAAAGUGGUGUACGUAAUGGAUAUGGUACAUUUUGAUAAGAGUGAAGUAAUAUUAUUUUAUUUACUAAAUGUAAAAAACAUGCCUUUUUGAUGUGACCACUAAAUCUGUAUUUUUAAAUAAAGUAAUUUAGUCUUCCACAA